AUGCGGUAUGUAACUGUGGACAAUUACGUGGACAAUUAUUUCAGCAAAUCUGCUUCGAAGUUUCUAAAUUGCUCUGCGUUCUUCAACAAUUCGAAGGACUCCAUCGAUGUGUAUGUGAAUCGAGGAAGACUCAGGAUUUAUCCGGAUGAUCCGAAGGAUCUCGCAAUGGAUUGUGAUUCGAUGCACUCGCGAAUCCAUGGAGAUAUCAGCAAUUUCAGUCAAUUGAAAAGGAGUGUUGCAUUUGUUCGAAAUAUAUACAAUAGCUACGAACUUCAAGAAAUAUUCAUAUCGACGAAUUACCAUCCGAAUCAAACAUUUUGCCAUGUUUUGGAUAAAAAGAGCAGCGAGGAUUUCAAGAGAAAAAUGCGGAAACUUGAUGAUUGUUUCGACAAUAUUCUCGUACUUGAUAAGGAGCUUGACUUCGAUUCGAAAGGCCACGAGCAGGAUCGGGGUCACUUCUUAUGUUUAGAAGCAAUCCUAAAUCGGAAAUGGAAUCAUGCAUUACUACUCCAGAAUUACGAUCUUGUUUCGAAAUCAAACGUGGAGCUAGCAGAAAUUAGUGAAAUUUUAGAUAUUUCUUCAAUAGUAGAAAUGAAUGAUGCCUACACUUAUCGCUACAAUGUUUCAGCAAAUUGGACGCCGCAUGGAUUGAAAUUGUUCAAGAAUGAAACUGGAGUUCCUUACCAAAUUCUCCAUGGAAAUUUGACAAUCCGCAAGAAUCUCAAUGAAGUUGUUCUAUCAAAAGUAUUCGUUGAUGAAUUAUUUGAAAAAUUGAAUUUAGACCCAAUAAUUGAACAAUUUAAUAAUAAAAUGUAUUAUGGAGUUGACGAAAUGUUGGUUCAAACGUUAUAUGCGAGUAAAUUGGGAUUAAAAGGGCAGAUGAUUUCAAAUUGUACAAAAUAUUCCAAGGAAUUUUCAAGAAUGACACAGUGGAAUUUCUCGGGACCCAAUGGCUAUGACAAAUAUUGCAAAUCGAAAUGGAAAAGGCAUGGAAUCUGUAUUCUAGGAGUCGAGUAUCUUGAACUUCUUGCCAAUACAAAUGCAUUAACCGCGAAUAAAGUGAUGGCGGAUGUGGAUAUGGGCACCCCGAUUUGUAUGCACGAAUUCCUUCUAGGGAAACUCGAUCGAAAACCGACAUUCAAUGAUGAAUUUGUUCGACAAUAUCCGCAGGUUCGAGAGCUCGCUCAAAUCGCCAAUCGAACUUUCAAUCCAGCCAAUUUCAACUCUGAUAUCCAAUUUCUUAACUGCAACGGAUUCUUCAACAAUUUGAAUUACUCCAUUGAUAUGUAUGUGAAUCGAGGAAGACUCAGGAUUUAUCCGGAUGAUCCGAAGGAUCUCGCAAUGGAUUGUGAUUCGAUGCACUCGCGAAUCCAUGGAGAUAUCAGCAAUUUCAGUCAAUUGAAAAGGAGUGUUGCAUUUGUUCGAAAUAUAUACAAUAGCUACGAACUUCAAGAAAUAUUCAUAUCGACGAAUUACCAUCCGAAUCAAACAUUUUGCCAUGUUUUGGAUAAAAAGAGCAGCGAGGAUUUCAAAAGAAAAAUGCGGAAACUUGAUGAUUGUUUCGACAAUAUUCUCGUACUUGAUAAGGAGCUUGACUUUGAUUCGAAAGGCCACGAGCAGGAUCGGGGUCACUUCUUAUGUUUAGAAGCAAUCCUAAAUCGCAACUGGAAUCAUGCAUUACUACUCCAGAAUUACGACCUCGUUGUAAAAUCAAACGAAGAGCUGUCUGAAAUCAGUGGAAUUCUCAAUAUUUCCUCACUUGUUGAGAUGUUCAAAGCACGUUCCGAACGAUAUAAAAAAUCCGCCGAUUGGACUCCACACGGGCUUAAAUUGUUUAAAAAUGAGACUGGUAUUUCUAAAGAAAUUCUGCAUAAGAAUCUGACAAUUCGAAAAAAUCUCAACGAAGUUUUUCUUUCAAAAGUUUUUUUAGAAGAUAUUUUUGAUAAAUUGAAUCUCGAAAAUCUGAUUAAACGAUUCGACAAUAAAAAAUACUUUGGAGUUGACGAAAUGCUGGUUCAAACGCUAUACGCAAGCAAAUUGGGACUAAAAGGACAGAUGAUUUCGAAUUGCUCAAUGUUUCGUGAAAAUGUUGUCCGGUAUACGCAUUGGGAAAUUAAUCAAAAAAAGGGAUUUGAUGAAAAAUGCAAAUCGAAAAAGAAGAGGCAUGGGAUCUGUAUAAUGGGAAUCGAGUAUCUCAAAAGUCUUAUUAAUAUAAAUGCAUUAAUUGCGAAUAAAGUGAUGGCGGAUGUGGAUAUGGGCACCCCGAUUUGCAUGCACGAAUUCCUUUUAGGGAAGCUCCAUCGAAAACCGACAUUCAAUCAUAAAUUUGUUCGACAAUAUCCGCAGGUUCGAGAGCUCGCCCAAAUCGCCAAUCGAACUUUCAAUCCAGCCAAUUUCAAAUGUGCAAACUGA